CCGAGCUACUGCGCGUGCCUGCGGCGCUGAUGGCGGCGUCCCGUGGGCUCGGUGUCUGGCUGUGCCGGGAGCCGUGACGUGCGGGGGAUGGCGGAGCCGGGGAGCGCCGUGUCCGCGCUGGGGCCGCGGCUGGAGGCGCUGGGCCGGCGGUUGGCGGCGCCGAGGGGAGCGGGCGGCGAUGGUGCCUUCUUGGCAAGGGGUUCUGCUGCUCUGGAGAAACUAAAGGACCUCUGUAAAGAAGGGAAAGAGAAAGCACAUCAUUCCACGCUUCUACAGCUUUACACACAGGCUGUUUUAGACAUUACCUACUUCGAGGAAAGCCAGCUUGUGGAUGAAGAUUUUGCAGGGGAAUCUUCCUUGCAAAAAGUCAAAGAACUUAUUUGUAUGCUUUCAGACCCAGAAGACUUAGUGAGGGAAUGCAGCAUAAAUGAAGAACCCAUCAACAUCCUCAGUACAGAUUCAGUAGAAUGUCUUUACUGGAGAAAAGGAGCCCUGCUUUACAUGUAUUGUCAUACAGCAAAAGAAAGGAGCGAAUGGCUGAGAGGAAACAUUGCUGCAUUUAGAAAGUGUCUCAAUGAUGGAGUUCAUUACCUGAUGAAGAUGCUUAGCUUUAGAUGCCCUCUUCAUUUAGAUGGAGAUGUCUCACUUCAAGAUAAAGACACAGCUGGACUACUCAGUGAAGGCAUAUUUAGUGACACCCACUUACUGGCCAUGAUGUACAGUGGAGAAAUGUGCUACUGGGGACUGAAAUACUGUGGAGAGGAAAAGCAGGAGAGCCUCAAGGUGAUGGACUCAACGUCUGUCAGUGACCUGAGCUGCAGAUCACAGGGUGCACUGGUGGAUUUCCGAGAGCUUGGCAAAACCAUGUUAACGAAGUAUGUUACUGUGUGUGAGGGACCUCUAAGAGACCAUGGAUGGAACACAACCAGUGCAAAACAAAUGUUAUGUUACCUCAAGGAAACCCACAGCUAGGUUUGUUCCUGUUGCUGUCGGAAGCUGCUCGCUGUGUGAUGAGCGCUCUUAGGAUGACUGUCAGCACCAGGCUGAGCCCUGCUCGGAGCCUGCCUGCUCUUCAAACGUGUAUGCUCAGUUGCAUUAAAGCAUGAGUUCAAAGAA